GAUGCUCGAACCAUAUCAGCCAAAGUUUCAACAGCAGCACCGACAAAGUUGUGCUCUUGCGGAGAAUUCAGUAUCAGUGCCUCCACACCAUCGAGCGUCUCUCUCGCGAGGCUGCGUGUCAUACGACUGUGGUGUGUCGUUUUCAUCCUAUCAGCCAUAUGGAUAUCUCGCGCAUCGACCGCGACAGAACUCAGUCUUCGUCGGUAGUAUGGGAGGCAUGGCACUCAUACCGGAAAGUCCUCCUCGCCGUUCGCGCUCUGCAGCCGACCUUCCAGCCCUAACCCCGUCGGACCACGUCACCCACACCACCAGAUCCUCAAGAGCCGCGAGCCUCCAUAGUGCUGUGGACCUUAGAGUUUGCGCUCCCUCUCCAAGGACUUCUAGAGCUGCGAGCCUUCAUUCAGCAGUAGACACGCAGCACGUACAAGUUCACGUGAGGGGGUCAAUGGCCAAUUUGAAUAGGCCAAGGAGUCCAAGACGUUUGACUAUAACUAAUGUGUAA